GUAGGUUUUUCGGCGGUUAUUCUGUCAAGUGACACAUGAGUCUUGUAGAAUUAGCCGUUUUAAUUUUCUAAUUAAUUUUGUUUUAGUUUGUAUUUUACAUUGAUAUUUAGUUGUGAAGGGUGGAAAUCCACUUUUUCAAGAAUAUGGACGUCCAGUUGCCCAGGCUGACUCGCUAUUUGAGAUCAUUCACCAAUUUAGAGCCCAGGAAACAUUUCAUCGAGAACGAACCGGUCUAUCCUAUAAACAGGAACAGUUAUGAAGACAAAACGCCUCCGCAGAGCCAGUGGCCUUUGCUGUACAAAACGAUCGAAAGUUACGGAUGCAACAAGCAGAGUGUGAGCGACAACCUGGUUCUACUCAGAAGGUUGACGCUGGGCAUUUGCAAUGAUUUAGAUCUCGUCAAGGAAAGUUCUAUCUUUAUAUUCAAGCUGUUUAUGGUUAAUGGCAACCAGACCUUGAAAAAACAAUGUACAACACUAAAUCAAAUGUAUGGCUUUGUUGAUCAAGAUCAGGUUUACAAAAUAGCUAAAGUAGUAAAUGAAAUAUUGGCCGAACUGAGUGAUGAAUGCAAAAUGGCCCUUCAAAAGAUUUUGUUAAACUCAGAAGAGCAAAUAAACGGAAAUCUAAUGAAGGAAGACUUCAAGAACUGGAUAAACCCCUGGAUCCCGCCAGACACUACCUUUUUAACAGAUUUGAACCAAAAGCCGAGUUCAAACACUAUUUUGGACACGUUUUCGAUGGCUUACACUGGAAACAUAGCAGAACAACAACUUAGGGAAGAACCAAAGAAAGAAAUGUAUGAUAAACAGUGGUUAUAUAAAGAAAUUCAAAAGUGUUAUAAUGAGGAUAAUUUUUCUGGAUUGUCUAUUGAUGAUAUAUACGAAUCAAUUUCGCAAUCCAUAUUAUCAUCAAAAAGUUCUGAUGAACUCCAGAACGAGUUAUUUGAUUUUUUGGGAUAUGGAGAUAUUGAGCUUAUCCAGUCUAUGAUAGAAAAACGACACUCCAUUGCUUUGAGUUUGAAAUUAGAUAAAGGGAAAAAAUUAGUUCUGAAACCUUGCAACAAUGAGAAAGAGCAGGAUCUAGUUAGUUCUCAACAAAAACUCCAAAGGAGAGAGGAUAAACCAUUAAAAAAUAUGUCCAAAUUUACGAAAGACGACGAUUCGGAUAUUUACAUGUUACAUAGAAAAAGAAAUAAUGAAGAUGUUAAAAAAGAGUCUGAACUGAAAAAAAUAUUUUCUACACCUAAAGAAACAUAUCCUCAUGUGUAUGAUGCUAUCAAAGAUGCGCAAAAGCAAACAGGUUUUAUAACAGGAGUAAAAAUGAUGCUGCCUGAAAAUGUAUGUAGAGUAGACAAUAAACAAUACGAAGAAGUAAACAUUCCAAUCCCGCCUCCAACGCCUCUGAAUGUUGGAAAUAAUUUAAUACCGAUCGAUUCACUGGAUGAGUAUGGAAAGUUGGCUUUUUCCGGAAUGAAAUCCCUUAAUAGGAUUCAGUCUGUAGUUUUCGAAACAGCAUACAACACAAAUGAAAAUUUAUUGAUUUGUGCCCCGACAGGAGCUGGGAAAACCAACAUUGCUCUUUUAACUGUGAUGCAUACGAUACGUGAACAUAUAGAUAAUGGUAUUAUAAAAAAAGAACAUUUCAAGAUAGUUUAUGUUGCACCGAUGAAAGCCCUUGCCGCUGAAAUGACGGCUAACUUUAAUAAAAGGCUCAACUGCUUAGGAAUAACGGUUAAGGAACUAACUGGAGACAUGCAACUUACAAAGACAGAAAUCCUACAAACGCAAAUGCUUGUGACGACACCUGAAAAAUGGGACGUUGUCACGAGAAAGUCAACAGGUGAUGUUGCUCUUUCAAAACUGGUGAAAUUGUUGAUAAUUGAUGAAGUUCAUUUGCUGCAUGGUGAUAGAGGCCCUGUUAUUGAAGCUCUUGUUGCUCGUACACUUCGCCAGGUGGAAACGUCCCAGAGUAUGAUUCGGAUUGUCGGCCUUUCUGCAACAUUACCAAAUUAUUUAGAUGUCGCUCGUUUCCUCCACGUCAAUCCUCAAGUUGGUCUGUUUUAUUUCGACGGACGGUUCAGGCCAGUGCCUUUGGAACAGACAUUUAUAGGAGUGAAAGCUAUAAAACCUCUUCAACAAAUGGCUGACAUGGACAACGUAUGCUAUGAUAAAGUUGUUGAAAUGGUUCAAAGAGGACAUCAGGUUAUGGUGUUUGUUCAUGCAAGAAAUGCGACUGUAAGAGUGGCUAAUGUUUUAGUGGAGCUUGCACGGCAAAAAUAUCAGUUGGGUCUCUUCCAGCCAGAAGAGUCUUCUGCUUUUAGCGCAGCUCUAAAAUCUUUCAGUAAAGACAGAAUAAAAGAACUAGGCCAACUUUUAUGCAAUGGUUUUUCUGUUCACCAUGCAGGCCUUCUUCGAAUUGACAGAAAUUUGAUAGAAAAGACAUUUUCCAAUGGUGUCAUUAAAGUUUUGGUUUGUACUUCGACUUUAGCCUGGGGUGUUAAUCUUCCUGCUCAUGCCGUUAUUAUCAGGGGAACUGAAAUAUACGAUGCAAAACAUGGAUCUUUCAUAGAUUUAGGGAUUUUGGAUGUACUUCAGAUUUUUGGUCGAGCCGGGAGGCCCCAGUUUGACACUUCCGGCCAUGGAACUAUUAUAACGAGUCACAAUAAAUUAUCACAUUAUCUUUCACUGUUGACAAAUCAAUUUCCUAUCGAAAGUAGUUUUAUAAAUUUCCUCGCAGACAAUUUAAAUGCCGAGAUAUCGUUAGGCACUAUAAGUAAUGUCGAUGAAGCUGUGGAGUGGUUGAGCUACACGUAUCUUUUCGUGAGGAUGCGAAUAAACCCCCAAGUUUAUGGAAUAAAUUAUCAGGAUGUAAUUGAAGAACCGACGUUAUUGACUAAGAGGAGAGAAUUGAUAGACAGUGCUGCUAAAGCAUUGGACAAAGCGAAAAUGAUCAGGUACAACAGUAGGACGGGAUCUUUAGCUAUAACAGAUCUUGGACGUACUGCUAGCCACUUUUAUAUCAAAUACAACACUGUGGAGGUGUUUAAUGAAAUGAUGACAGAAGUGAUGAAUGAGUCUGAAAUAUUGACAAUGGUCUCACAUUCUCAAGAAUUCCAACAACUGAAGGUCAGAGAAGACGAAAUGGGAGAGCUUGAUGAAAUUCUUUCUAACAAUUGUGAAUAUGACGUAGCAGGAGGUAAAGAGAAUUUACAUGGCAAGGUUAAUAUUCUAAUGCAGGCUUAUUUAAGCAGAAAAAGAAUAAAUUCGUUUUCUCUUGUUUCUGACCUCAGCUAUAUAUCUCAGAAUGCCGUUCGAAUCAUGAGAGCGCUUUUUGAAAUAUCGUUGAGAUCGAAUAAUGCAAUAUUGGCUGGAAAAUUUCUUCAAAUGGCCCUGAUGUUGGAACAUCAACAGUGGAAUUGGGAAACUCCUUUAAGGCAGUUUUCUAUACUGAAUUUUGAUAUUAUUACUAAACUUGAAGAGAGGGACCUUUCUAUAUUGUCGAUCCGAGAAAUGGACUCAAAAGAAAUAGGGUUUUGGGUGAGAAAUACAAAGGUAGGUGCUACUGUGAAAAAAUGCGCAUUUGAACUUCCACUCGUUGAGCUUUCAGCAAGUCUUCAUCCCAUUACGAGGACGGUGUUGCGCGUCAAAUUAACAAUAACUCCUGAUUUUACCUGGAAUGUCAAAGUUCAUGGAAAGACAUCAGAAACAUAUUGGAUAUGGAUAGAAGAUCCGAAGGCGACUACAAUCUGCCAUUCAGAAUAUUUUUUACUCACUAUGAAACAAGUUAUCAAUAAAGAACCGCAAGAACUUGUUAUGACAAUGCCUCUCGUAGAGCCUUUGCCUUCACAGUAUAUCAUCAAGGUGACGAGCGAUCGCUGGCUCGGAUGUUCGACCGUUCUGCCGAUAAAUGUUCAAAAUAUAAUAUUACCAGAGAGCCAUCCUCCGCACACAGAACUUCUUGAUCUCCAACCGUUGCCCGUCACUGCAUUAAACAACCCGGAGUACCAAACUAUUUAUAAAUUUUCUCAUUUUAAUCCAAUUCAAACUCAACUUUUCCACUGUCUUUAUCACACUGACAACAAUGUCUUGCUCGGAGCGCCGACUGGUUCAGGAAAAACUAUUAUGGCUGAAAUUGCUAUGUUGAGAGUGUUUACCAAAUAUCCAAAUUGCAAGGUUGUUUAUGUUGCACCUCUUAAAGCCCUGGUUAGGGAAAGGAUUGAAGAUUGGAAAUUAAGAUUUGAGGAAAAGUUGAACCGAAGUGUUGUUGAAUUAACAGGUGAUGUUUCACCCGAUAUUCAAGCCAUAACAAACUCUGAUAUAAUUGUUACAACGCCUGAAAAAUGGGAUGGUAUAUCUCGUAGCUGGCAGACUCGUAGUUAUGUUCAAAGUGUCGCUUUGAUUGUCCUCGACGAGGUUCACCUUCUUGGCGAAGACAGAGGCCCUGUGCUUGAAGUCAUCGUUUCCCGUACAAACUUCAUUUCCGCCCAUACAGAACGUCCGUUGAGGAUCGUCGCCCUUUCAACCGCAAUCGCUAAUGCUCGCGACCUCGCAAACUGGCUCGGAAUAGGAGAAAUGGGUUUGUACAACUUCAGACCAUCUGUACGUCCUGUACCGCUAGAGGUGCACAUCCAUGGAUUUCCAGGGAAGCAUUAUUGUCCAAGAAUGGCUACAAUGAACAGGCCAAUAUUCCAAGCGAUAAGCAACCACUCGCCAUGCCAGCCUACUUUAAUUUUUGUAUCUUCGAGAAGACAGACGAGAUUAACUGCCUUAGACCUAAUAGCAUCUUUAGCAGCUGAUAGUAACCCAAAGCAAUGGCUGCACUGUUAUGAAGAUGCAAUGGAUCAAAUAAUAAAGACUGUGAAGGAUUCAAAUUUGAGAUUAACUUUAGCUUUUGGCAUUGGUCUUCACCAUGCCGGUCUUCAACACCACGAUAGGAAAGUAGUAGAAGAGCUUUUUGUCAAUCAAAAGAUACAGGUUUUGAUUGCAACAUCCACCUUGGCUUGGGGUGUGAACUUACCGGCGCAUUUAGUCGUCGUGAAAGGAACUGAAUAUUAUGAUGCAAAGACCAAAAGAUAUUUAGACAUGCCUAUAACUGAUGUUCUUCAAAUGAUGGGAAGGGCUGGCCGGCCUCAGUUUGACAACCAGGGAAUCGCCGUUAUCUUCGUCCACGAUGUUAAGAAGAACUUUUACAAGCGUUUUCUCUACGAGCCUUUCCCGGUCGAAUCCAGCCUGCUUAAAGUGUUACCAGACCAUUUAAGUGCAGAAAUCGUGGCCGGGACAAUAAAAACAAAACAAGAAGCCUUGGAUUAUCUGACUUGGACUUAUUUCUUUAGACGACUGCUUAAAAAUCCAACUUAUUACGGCCUCGAGGCCUUAGAUGAAACAGACGUCAAUAGCUAUUUAUCAAAACUUGUUGAUAAAACUCUUCUAACACUGUUUUAUGCUGGAUGUGUUACAUUGCAUGAGGAUGAAAGGACAGUCAGUUCAACAUCAAUGGGGAGAAUUGCUGCAUAUUAUUAUCUGUCUUAUCAGACAAUGCUCCAGCUCCAUGACAAUCUAGAACCAUCUCUAAGCCUUGAGAAAUGUUUAUAUACGAUGUGUCACGUAUAUGAGUACAGCGAGCUACCUGUCAGGCACAAUGAAGAAAUUCUUAAUGGAGAUUUGGCUAAACUUUGCCCCUGGAAAGUGGAUGAGUUAAUGCUCGACUCCCCUCACAUAAAAACAUAUUUACUACUACAAGCGCAUUUUUCAAGACUGGAACUACCAAGCACUGAUUAUUACACCGACUUGAAGUCUGUUUUGGAUCAAGCUAUCCGUAUCCUUCAGGGAAUGCUCGAUGUAUGUGCUGAAAGCGGAUGGCUGGCCCUCUCGCUCAGGUUGCAGCAUUUAAUGCAAAUGAUCAUGCAAGGUCGGUGGCUCACAGACUCUCCUUUCACAACGCUUCCCGGCGUAGAACCUUACAUGGCACCGAGUUUGCACGCCAAGCCUAAAUUGAGUAUUCUGCCACAGGCUGUAAUUGCUGCGAACAAAGGAUAUGCCCAUGUAGCACCGUUGUUCAUGCCUGAAAUGGACGAAGGGCAGAUUGAAAGGGUUUAUAACACACUGAAAUUAUUGCCAAUUUUAAAUGUUGGUUUGAGCUUAAACGGCAAUUCGGAAGAAAAAAGCGAGAUCAGAAGAGUCAGCAAGGAAGCACUGAAAGUACAUUGUGACUCAGAGUACACGUUGAGCAUUACUCUAGAAAGGAUUAAUAAAAGUACCGAAAAGUAUGCAUAUACGCCAAAAUUCCAUAAACCAAAGACGGAGGGUUGGAUAUUGACACUAGGCGAUAUAGAAAAAGGCGAACUGCUUGCUCUCAGAAGAGUUACAUUUUCGUAUCGCAGGACUACAGCACAAUUGACUUUUUAUACACCAAAACAAUCAGGUACUGCAGUUUAUACAUUGUACGUCAUGUCGGAUACUUACCUUGGGCUUGAUCAACAAUACAACAUAGUCCUUGAUGUUGAAGAAAAUAUGACAAAUUUAAAACAAUUAAAUCUAGAUUCAGAGGAAUUCGAAUAAUAACAUUUUUGAAUUGAUUAAUUAACCUCACAAGAUAAAUAUUUUUAACAGAUACAUUAAUUUACUUAGAAUUCAUUUUAUGAGAAUUCAUAUAUAUAUAAAUUUUUUUUAAAUUAUAAAAGAUAUUGUUAGCAUUAAAGGCUGUGAAAAUAAUUUUAUAGGAG